GAAAAUGGCAGAUGCUAUUGGGUUGGUUGUUGAAAAAAUUUCCGAUUUACUCAUCAAUGAAGCACUUUUCCUGAAAGAUGUGAAAGAACAAGUUAGUAUCCUAAAGGAUGAACUGAAGUGUAUGAAGAGUUUCUUGGAGGACGUUGACCGGCAGCAGGCACAAGACAAGCUUCUCCGUGAUCGGGUGUCGAAAAUAAGAGAUCUCGUUUACGAUGCUGAAGAUGUCAUCGACUCAUUCAUUCUUGAACAUCCACACCAAGAUGAAUUUCUUAAAGAGGCCCGCCGAGGAUUUUUUCAUGCAGUUGUCAAGAGAUUCACCUGCAUUUUCACCAAGCCUUCUCAUCUACACAAAACCGGGGUGGAGAUCAAAAAAUUCCAGACCAAUCUCGAAAAUAUUUCAAGGAGGCUUUCAGUUUAUAAGAUACCUGGUGAUGGAGCAGGAUCUAGCUCUAUUUCCAGUAUGCAGCAGCAGUUAAGAAGAACAUUCUCGCAUGUUGAAGAAGAGGAUGUCGUUAGUUUGGAGGUUAGCACCAAGGAUGUCCUGGCCCAGUUGAUGAAGGAAGAAGACAGAUCCCAUGCCGUCGUCUCAAUAGUCGGCAUGGGAGGCAUCGGAAAGACUACUCUUGCCAAAAAAGUAUACAAACACGUUGAUGUGAAUCGGCGUUUUGAUUGCUUGGCUUGGGUUUUUAUAUCUCAACAAUGUAACCCAAGAGAAGUUUUACUUGAUGUCCUGAUGAAGGUUCAGCCUGGAGGAGAAUCAUUUAACCACUUGAAUGAAAAUCAGUUGAUUAAAAAGCUUUACGAUGCUUUGAAAGAAAAACAAUACUUGGUGGUCCUCGAUGAUAUCUGGAGAAGUGAGGAUUGGGGUAUUCUUAAACCUGCUUUUCCACGAGGAAAAAAAGGAAGCAAAAUUCUAUUCACAACACGCAACAAGGAUGUGGCUUUAUAUGCGGAUCCUUGGCACUCUCCAAUAGAGCUUCCAAUUCUUACCGAUGAUGAAAGUUGGAAGCUUUUUAUCACAAAAGCAUCACCACGAAACAAGACUGAUAAUCAUGCUUGCCCCAAAGCAUUUGAGAAUCUCGGAAGAGAAAUGGUGAAAAAAUGUGGAGGUCUACCUCUAGCAAUUGUUGUGUUGGGAGGCUUGCUAGCAACUAAACAGACACAGGAUCAAUGGGAGAUGGUUCACAGAAAGAUCUUCCAAGGACCAUUGAAAGGGUUACAACCACAAGGCCAUCAAUAUGGCGCAGUGAAUGAAAUCUUGGUUUUAAGUUACAAUGAUUUGCCUCAUCGUUUAAAACCAUGCUUUCUUUAUCUUGGUCAUUAUCCAGAAGAUUGGGAGAUAUCAAAGAAGGAACUCAUUCGAUUAUGGAUCGCUGAAGAUUUCAUUUCACCAUCUCCGGAAAGCACGGAAAUGUUGAUGGAGGAUGAGGGCGAACAAAUCCUGGACGAGCUCAUGAAUAGAAGUUUGGUUCAACUCGGCAGGCGAGACUCUACGGGGAGAAAAGUGAAAACAUGCCGAAUACAUGAUCUUUUGAGGGACUUGUGCAUAGAUAAAGCAAGAGAGGAGAAUUUCUUUGAAAUUGUUAAGCCACCGUCGACUGAAGCCGAUGUGACACUGACAGAAUCUAUGCUACGAAGAAUUGCUAUUCAUCCUAGCAAAAGGUAUGUUUGUGUGAAGGGAAAACAUCCUAAAUUACGUUCUUUGUUGUUGUUUCAGAAUGAGGAAUUGAUAAAACUGCACAUUUCAGAAUGCAAAAAUUUCAAAUUUUUAAGGGUGUUGAAUCUCGUGAGAAUGGAUGUUAAGGUGUGGAGUGUGUCUAGUGAAAUCGGAAACCUCAGACAGUUGAGGUAUUUGAAGUUACAAGGUGAAGGAAUAAUCUUGCCCCAGGAUAUUGGAAUGUUGAAGAGUUUAUACACUUUAUACCUCCGACAUAGUGGCUCUGUUGUAAUUCCUGAUGUUGCAUUCGAGUUGGAACAUUUGAGGCAUAUUGAACUGCGUUCUGAGUCUUGGAAAGGUACAUCGCAUAUGCGCCCAAGAUUGAUUCCAAAAAGUAUUGAAACUUUAAAAGACAUAAGAGUGGAUGAGGAGUUGAUUCGAAACAAGUCAUUGCCACGAUUGAGUAAUCUUCAGAGUUUAGGAAUGACAUUCAAUAGGGCAAAAGACGUGAAGCCUGUCCUACUUUCGCUGAUGAAAUUACAACGCCUUGCAUCAUUGUACAUCAAGUUUAAACAAGGUUUAACCCCAUCGUAUCCAGACUUGGAACCUCUCUCUCAAUGUCAUCGUCUGUCCAAACUGAAGUUCGACGGGUUUAUGAAAAAAGAUCCGCAAGGGAGCCAUCAUGUUCUGAAGUUUCUUCCACAAAAUAUUGUCAAGUUAUCUUUGACGAACUGUUGGAUGAAUCAGGAUCCAAUGGGUGUAUUAGAAAAGCUGCCUUGUUUGAGGAUUCUUAAAUUAGGAUCUCGAUCAUACAGCGGGAGUCAAAUGAUUUGCUCUGCCAAUGGGUUUCCUCAACUCGAUUCUCUUAAAAUGUAUGAUCUACUCUUCUUAUCCUCGUGGAAGAUAGAAGAAGGUGCAAUGCCACAACUCCGGAGUUUAUGCGUGGAGGAGACUUCAAACUUGAUCAAGAUCCCAGAAGGGUUGAAGUAUAUUUUUACUCUCCAAGAACUGAAAUUAGAAGGUUCGUUUGGUGUGGUAGAAGGGAUCAAAGUGAUGGAUGGAAGAGAAGAUUUCUAUAAAGUGCACCGCCCUCCCUGCUUUUACGACGACUUUUGGUAAAUCUUAUCGGGACACUGAGAUGCAGUUCGUCGAGAUUUCUUGCUGCUUC